UUGAGGAGGAUGGCGACCACAUUGGUCACACUGGUUUCGUUAAAAACAAAAUGAUGGAACAACAGCAGAGUGAUCCUUCCCAGCAGCAUGGAUUAGGUGGACUGGCCAAAAGUCUGGGUAAUCAGCGUCAUGGUAAUCUUUCCGCCCCAUCCUCCAACCAAGAAUCUCUCGCCGAUGUGGUCUUUGUGAUUGAGAGCAGUGCCAUAAACGGAGCCUAUAUCAAUGAGCUGAAGACGAAUUAUAUACUGCCAACACUGGAGCAUUUCACUCAGGGAUCGAUCGAUGAGCGGGAAUAUUUGAUUGCAGAUCGUUUUGCCACUCUCUAUGGCGUCGUUAUAUACAAAAGCGCCUCAAACCUGUUGGAGCCUUUGUGCGCCACCUAUGGACCCUUUGUGCAGCCGCAAAAGGUUAUGGAAACCAUCGAACGUCUGCCAUUGGUGGGCGGUGGCAUGGAGUCAUGUGCCCAUAUGGCAGAGGGUUUCGCUGCUGCCCAUGGAUGUUUCGAGGAUAUCAGCGAGCAGCGGCAACGGAUGCUGAUGGAACAACCGAAUGUCCAGCGUCAUUGCAUUUGCAUUGCCAACAGUCCACCCUACCAGAUGCCAGUGAUGGAGUCGUGGAAGUAUAUGGGCAAAUCAUGCGAACAGUUGGCUAGUUUGUUUCAUGAGAGAAAAAUCAACUUGUCCAUCAUUGCACCACGCAAGAUGCCGGUGUUGUUUAAGCUUUUUAUGAAAGCGGAUGGGGAUCAGCCUAUAACCAGCAAGAAUUAUGCUAAAAAUCUAAGGCAUUUGGUUCUUCUCAAGGGCUAUAGCUUAAAGGAGCGUGCUCCAAGUCCCAAUAGCAUGGUGGCUCCGAAUCCCACACAACAGCAACAACAGAAUCCAAGUGGACAACAGCAAACUGGUCAGAAUAUGCCUAUGGAUACGUCACCAGCUCAACAGCAGCAGCAACAGCAACAACCGUUGAUGAAUAUGAAUCCAAUGCAACAGCAAACGUCUAAUCCUAAUGCUCAAGCUGUAAUGGUUGCCCAACAGCAGCAGCAGCAGCAACAGCAACAACAACAACAACAACAACAACAGCAGCAACAGCAACAGCAAAUGAUGCAACAGCAAAAUCAAUUUGUCCCACAAAAUCCAAAUUUCCAACAAAAUCGUUGGAUGUAUGCCAAUCAACCGGGACAACCACGUCCACCAUUUAUGCAAGGGCCUGUCCAAGGUGGUGGAGGGGUUGGUGUUGGUGUCGGUGUCGGAGUCGGAAUGCCUAUGCAACCGCAGCAGCAGCAACAACAGCAGCAGCAGCAACAACAACAACAGAAUCCCAAUUCCGCUUUGAUUUCCCGUAUAAAUGCACCACCCAAUCAGGUUAAUUCUUUGCAGCAGCAGCAGCAACAACAAAGAUUGCAAAUGCUUAAUCAGCAGCAGCAAUUCCAACUUCAGCAACAACUGGCACAGCAGCAGCAACAACAACAACAGCAGCAGCAGCAACAACAACAACAACAAGUUAAUGCCAAUGCCAACAAUAAUAUGAUGCCAGUGGUAUCCAAUGCUGGAAAUAUGCCCAAUCCUCAGGUAGGACCACAGCAGCAAACAAAUCCUCAGCAGCAGCAGCAGCAGCAACAACAACAGCAGCAACAGGUUAACCCUCAACAACAACAACAACAAGGAAAUCCCCAAGAGCAGGCCUCUUUGCGAGAAAAGAUAUGGACCGGUGUACUCGAAUGGUCAGAGAAAGCGAAAAAUGAUCAACAAAAGAUACCACAUACGCUUCAGUGCACGGUUUGCACCAAUAUCAAGGAUGGUGAGCCCGAAAUAAAGGCUGAAAAUUGGCCACCAAAACUCCUGAUGCAACUAAUGCCCAAACAUCUUGUGGGCAAUAUUGGAGGACAGUUCCUGAAAGACUCGAAAAUGGUAGUUUUUCGUCCAACACCGGGCGAGGCUCUGGAUUCAUUGGCGAAAAUGAUGACCUCUGGAUUUGCUGGCUGCGUUCAUUUCUCCUCGUUACCCAAUACGCCGGCUUGCGAUAUUAAGGUGCUCAUUCUACUCUAUACACCAGAUCGGAAUGCGUUUUUGGGUUUCAUACCAAACAAUCAAACAAUGUUUGUGGAACGAUUGCGUAAGGUUAUACAGCAAAAGCAAUCGCAUGGGAAUAUGCAACAGCAACAGCAGCAGCAACAACAACAAAUCCUACAACAGCAACAACAGCAGCAGCAACAACAACAGCAGCAACAGGGCAAAUCACCGAUGGAGCUUCAACAGCAGCAGCAACAACAACAACAGCAACAAAUGCAACAGGAUAACUCCCAGCAGCAGCAGCAGCAGCAACAACAUUAUAAUCAAUAUCAAUUAAAUAUGCAAAUGGGAGGGGGUGGACCAGGUGGUCCAGGUGGCAUGCAACAAGCACAACAAAUGCAACAAAUGAAUAUGAUGCAACAGCAGCAGCAACAACAACAGCAGCAACGCAUGCCCCUGGGUGUACCCAAUCCCAAUCUACAACAACAACUGCAACAAGUGCCACCAAAUGUGGCUGCCAUGCAGCAGCAGCAACAACAACAACGUAUGGUACGUCCAAUGAUGAGCAAUAAUCCCGGCCUGCGUCAAUUGCUUCAACAUCAGACAACGCCAGGCAAUCAAUUUCGCCCACAAAUGGGUGGACAGAAUCCAAAUCAAAUGGGCGGCGGAGCACCCAUGGUUGGCAAUCGAAAUUUCGAUGAUGGCAGCUAUGAAUUCAUUUAAACCCAUUUCCAAGUUAAUCCCAAGCGCAUCUAUUCUUAGUUUUUAUGUCUAACUUAACAUAAUUUAUCUCAACAUUUGUCAAGAAUUACUAUUAAUUAAUAGGUAAUGUGGUUUAUUUUUAAUUUUUUUUUUCUUCACCAGACUAUUUACCAUAGUAUAUAUAAUAAAUAAUAAUCUUAAAGUCAACAAAAUGCUACUGUUGACUUAACUGGCAUUCAGUUAAGAUCAUAUUUAUACGAGAACCUUAUUAUACCCGCCGUGAACUUUCACAGUCAAAAAAAUAAUUCAAUAUCUUUUAA